AUGGGUAUAGUUAAAUCCAAGGCUAUGGCUCGUAGUUACGUAUGGUGGCCCGGACUUGAUGAAGAAAUAGAGCGCAUGUGUCGUAGUUGUGAGAUAUGUGCUGCUCAGGCGGAUGCUCCGCCGCGGCAAACUCCGAGUAUGUGGCCGUGGCCGAAUCAUCCAUGGACCAGGCUGCAUUUAGAUUUCAUGGGGCCCGUAUUUGGGAAAACAUACUUGAUCGUAGUGGACGCUACAUCUAAAUGGACGGAACUUUUCCAUAUGAGUAAUACAACAGGACCGAAGGUCAUAGAUAAGUUAUGUGAACUUUUAGCAGAUGGGGCCUACCAAGCAGAUCGUUACGGAUAA